UUAGCAGUGUCACAGCUGAAUACUCAUCCCAAGCCAACCAAGAUCUGGAUGCUACUUGGAAAUACACAGUAGUACGGACUUCACCAUCACCACUUUUUGAGUGAAUUCUAGAGACCGACUGAAACUAUCAGGUUCCAUUCACAAUGAACUCGGUGCUUCAGAAGGCUUUCCUGUGGUGUGUGCUGACAGCACUUCUGCCGAGCAUUGCGAGUGCAAAACCUCUGAAUACGGAUGGUUUGAGAAGGCUCAGUGUUUGGCUUCAGGGUAGGGUGAGGAGAGAUGUCCACAGCUUGUCCGAGAGGAGCGAGAGCGACUCAGCAGCUUUGCUGACUCAGAGGAGCAGCGAUCCUGAGUCAUUUGUACCACAGCACAGGAGUGUGAGGGUAAAGCGUACAGAACCAGCCUACUCAGUCAAAAGAGUGGAAAGAGCGGGCUGUGUUCUGUCCACCUGCUCGGUGCAUGAACUGGCCCACCUGGUGAAUAUAAUCAACACAAAGACGAACAACGCCCCUCCUGAAAAGAUCAGCUCAAAGGGCUAUGGACGGAGGCGGAGACGUUAGUUCCAUCAAACCUCCCUGCGCUAACUUUCCACAAGGGCCGUCUAAAGCUGGCAUGGGUUCAAUCUCUCCUUUAAAGAACAACCCGGGAACACCUCUGUGGUUUGUCCUGAGCCUUUGGUUUCUAUUGGCUCGCUUUACUGAGAUACUUCUGAUACUACCUUUGCUGAACGUUAGUGUACUCUCUUCAGGCACAAAGGAGCAAUUGGAGCAUCCUUCUCUCCAUCCUCUGCCUGAUGGGCUGGACUGAGAAGGAUUCAGGUCACUUAAAUUGGAAAACAGGAGUGCUAUCAGUUGGAAAAAAAAUAUUUCCCAAAAAUUUAAAAAAAGUGUGGGUCUAAUGCAAUAUGACAGGAAAUAGGUGGUCAAUGAUCUGUGCAUGUGUUUAGCAUUCUUGUCAUUCUAAUGGAGCUUUGGGACUUGACUCUCUGUCUCUUCUGCAGCACUGAUGCGCCCUCUGCUGGAGGAAUGAAGGAACAGCCUUGAACUCUGCCAGCCUAAACUUUCAUUGAAGAAGACGGAGAGAGAAUAGCAAGAAGAGGGAAAAGGAACUAACUUUUAUGACUUAAAGCUAUUUACCUUGGAGGACCAAUGAUGAAGAAAGGAGAGAGAGAGAGAGAACUCUUUAUGGAAGAAAUCAUUUUUGUUGUCCUCAAGGACAUCUGCAUACUUGAAGACUGAUUUAUAUAUAUACUGUGGGAGCCGUGCAAUAUUUCACUUUAAUGUUGUUAUGUAGUCUAUUAUUAAUGUGUACAAAGAUGUGUGUGUAUAUAUAUAUAUAUAUAUAUAUAUAUGAAAAUACUGUAUCUUAAAAGUUCAUAUUUAUAUCUACAUACUGUACAUGUAUUCUUAAGAAACUAUUGUAUCCAGAAAAAGGGCAUCUAUAGUUUAUUUUGAAAUAAGAUGUUUAUCCUUUAAGUUCAUAUCGCUAUAAUGAGAAGCAUUUUUUUUCCACAUGAAUCAUUCAAUAAUGUGACACCUGUUAAUUAAUAAGUAACCUAUUAAACUCCAGCAAGAGUGAGUAAUGAAAAUUGCCUGUGUUAUUUCCAUUAUUACCAUGGCAGCUUUCGGUUCUUUAACUUGAAAAAAAUCAUAAUAAUAAAAUAUGAAGUGGU